UCUUCUCGAAACAAUGAUACUUUUGACAUGUUUGAUCAUUGGGAUGGUCAGUCACGUACUUUCAGAUUCUACUGGAUGUGCAGCUCCACAUUCAUUGGAUAAGCAACUAACACGGUUGAGCCAACAUUUCAAUAUAAACCAUCCGGAUGUUGGAAAUGGAGGGGCAAUAUUUACCAAUAUACUAAAGAAGUAUAAACAGAUCCCUGAAAAAAGCAUUAUUUUGGAUGCUAUACUGCACUUGUACUUGGACUUAUUUAAAGUUUUAAUGCAACACAAUGAAGUCAAGGACGAAGUUAGCAUUGUUGCCAAUAGUUUGAAUGAGUGUAUGACAUCUGCAAACUACAAAACACAAAAAGAACUUCUCAGUGAUCUCAAGAAAUUGUACAAUAUCAAAUGGGAUGAUCAAAUGGUUCAGCGCAAAGCAAUCAUUGAACUUCACGAUGUUCUGGACAUAAUGAAAGACACUGGGAAAAGAAGACGCAAGAGGAACAUGGGAAGGAGGCCGAGGAUCUAA